AUGGCUCUGGACAGUGGCCGGAAGGAGCUGCUUUUGAGCACGCUGAAGGAGCUGGGGGAGAAAGACUUUGAGGAAUUCAGGUUCUACACGGACCUGCCUGAAAGUGUAAAGGAAAACACCCGCCAGGUGUACAUUGCCAAUGAGCUGAUGAAGAAGCACGCCGAGAACACUCUGGAUGAGACCGUCAAGAUUCUGGAGAAGAUCGGGAACAACGAUUUGGCCCAGAAGCUGCGCAGCAAGAUACUGAACAUAAAAGGCGCUGACUUCUCUGUCCACGAUGACGAUCGGAUUGCCAGAUUGAAGAGGGAGCUCCAAGACAACCUGUUGUGUUUAUACAGCUUUGCUUCCGAGGGCACCUCCGAGCGCUGGCAGCAACAGCCUCUGGCGGACGUCUACACGGAGCUGGACUUCACCUAUGGGGCAGACGUCAGCCCAGACGGGUGGCAUGAGGUCCUCCAGAUGGAGACGUGUGCUGCCGCGGCCAAGCAGUCUAUCCUGCCACGCGACAUCUUCAAAAGCCCUGACGGGAACCGGCAAUCGAUACGCACAAUGCUCACCGUUGGCUUCGCAGGAAUAGGAAAAACCUUCCUGAUUCAAAAGUUUGUGUCGGACUGGGCCAGCGGUAGUACCAACCAGGACGUGGACUUCAUAUUUCCUUUCACCUUCCGCGAGUUAAACAUGGACAAAGGGAAGACGUUUACGCUGGCCGAGCUGAUACGAUGUUAUGUCUGCAGCAACAGGCACAUGAGCAAGGAGAUGCUGAACUAUAUAUUUGCAGACCUGCAGACAUCCGGGAAGCGGGACUUCGAAAGCAGCAGGAUCAAGAUCUUGUUUGUCCUGGACGGACUGGACGAGUGCAACUUCAAAAUCGACUUGAAGAAUACGAGGAAAGUGGACAUGGACAUAAGGGAAAGCUACCCGCUGGAGGAACUGCUGGCGUAUCUCAUCAAUGGGAACCUGCUUCCGUGCGCCAGGGUUUGGAUCACCACACGGCCCGCGGCUGCCCGCGAUAUGCCCUCCGACCUCAUAGACAGCCGAACAGAGGUGGUAGGAUUCAGCGAUUCCCGGAGGCUGGAGUACUUCAGGAAAAGGUUCCCAAAUGAGGAGCGCGUCAUUGAGUACAUUCGGAAAUCUCGCACCAUCUUCAUCAUGUGCCACAUUCCCAUCUUCUGCUGGCUCACCGCCAAAGUUCUUCAGGUUCAUUUGGACAAAGGGAAGGAGGGAGAGCUUCCCACAACGCUGACUGACAUGUACUCAGCUUUUAUUGGUCACCACCUGGAAAACUCCAAGGAGAGAAAUACAGCGGAGUACAUCCCUGACGUGAAAGCGCUCGCCAAGCUGGCCUUUGACCACACCAUGAAUAACUGUCAGAUCUUCUACGAGAAUGACCUGGAGGACAGCGGCUUUGAUUACGGCCAAACAGCAAAACACUGCGGUUUAUUCACAGAGGUGUUUAAGGAGGUCCAUCCGCUCAAAAGCAAGAAACAAAAGAUGUUUCAGUUUAUCCACCUGACCAUCCAGGAGUAUCUGGCCGCACUGUACGUAAUGAUGUGUUUCUUCCACGACAACAAGAACGUACUGGAUAAAUCAAGAUGGAAAAAAUUGUUCAUGCCUGUUAAGCAGAAGACAAUCACUGAGGUCCACAAGUCAGCUCUCCAGAAAGCCUCGGAAAGUGAAGGAACUCUGGACAUGUUCCUCCGCUUCCUCGUUGGCCUUUCAUUGCAGUCCAACCAGGAAAUAGUGGGGGAACUGCUGAAGGCUCCUCGGGACUGCGGGCAAAGCAAGUCAAAGACAGUCAAGUUGAUCAAGGAAAGGAUCAAACAGAACACUCCAGAAAAGAACGUCAACUUGUUCUACUGCCUAAACGAGCUGAAGGACGACUCCUUGCUGAAGCAGAUCCAGACAGAACUAGAUUCAGGACGUCUUUCCUGGCAUCAAAUGUCAAAUGACAUGUGGUCGGCCCUGGCCUUCUUCUUACUUACAGACGACGAAACCAUGAAGUCCUUUCAUCUUGCCAGCUACUCCUCAUCACCGUUGGGGCUGGAAAAGCUGCUGUUGGUGGUCAGGGCUUCUCAAAAAGCAGAUCUAAGUCAAUGUCGCCUGGACGAAGGCAGCGGUCACCUGCUGGCUUCUGUUCUCAGUUCUCCAUCCAACCUGAGGCAUCUGGACCUGGGCAAUAAGAAUGACCUGUUCACCCAGAACGAUGUUUCCGACAAGGGGGUGGAGAUCCUCUCGAAAGGACUGGCCAGCCCACACUGCAACUUAGAAGUCCUCAAGCUGUCAUGGUGCAGAAUCUCGAAGAAAGGAUGUGUUUCAUUGGCUGAGGCUCUCAAGGUAACCCCCUCCCAUCUUCAAGAGCUGGACCUCAGCUUCAACGGCCUAUCGGACGAGGGGGUCGAGAUCCUCUCAAAAGGACUGGCCAGCCCACACUGCAUCUUACAAAUCCUCAAUCAAGGAAAAGGCAAACACGAUGUUACUUUGAGCAAACAUUCACCACUUUUACUGGGUUCCCUUCUUCAUGCAAUUAUCUCAUUUGAUGCAGGCUGUCACGAGCUGGACCUGAGCUGGAACGAUCUGUUGGAUGAAGGGGUCGAGAUCCUCUCAAAAGGACUGGCCAGCCCACAUUGCAUCUUAAAAGUCCUCAAGCUGUCCUCCUGUGAGAUCACCAGUAAAGGAUGUGUUUCAUUGGCUGAGGCACUGAAGGUAACCUCCUCCCAUCUUCAAGAGCUGGACCUGAGCUCGAACGAUCUGUCGGACGAAGGGGUUGAGAUCCUCUCGAAAGGACUGGCCAGCCCACACUGCAUCUUAAAAAUCCUCAAGCUGUUCAACUGUGGGAUCACCAGUCAAGGAUGUGUUUCAUUGGUUGAGGCACUGAAGGUAACCUCCUCCCAUCUUCAAGAGCUGGACCUGAGCUCGAACGAUCUGUCGGAUGAAGGGGUUGAGAUCCUCUCGAAAGGACUGGCCAGCCCAAACUGCAUCUUAAAAGUCCUCAAUCUGGAACACUGCAGGAUCACCAAGCUGGACCUGAGCGGGAGCGAUCUGUCGGAUGAAGGGGUCGAGAUCCUCUCGAAAGGACUGGCCAGCCCACACUGCAUCUUGAAAGUCCUCAACCUGUCACUGUGCAAGAUAGCAGAUAAAGGAGGCAUUUCAUUGGCCAAGGCUCUCAAGUUAAACCCCUCCCAUCUUCAAGAGUUGAAUCUCAGGGCAAAUCGAAUAGAGAAAGAAGGAAAGAGGAUCUUAUUGGAGAUCAAGGAGGAUCCCAGCUAUAGCCUGAAGACUGUCAGAUACCCGAUCGACGGUCAUCUCGCUCACUCAUUUAGUGGAAGGAUGCCUCUGGACACCGAGCGUAAGGAGCUGCUGUUGAAAACACUGAUGGAGCUGGGGGAGGACGACUUCCAGUCCUUCAGCAGAUUUAAGUUAUAG